GCCAGCUUCGGGUGCCCCAGCCAGUGCGAGACAUUCAAGGCGGCGACAAGCGAGAUAGCUUUCAGAUAUGCGCUGAGCACUCUGGAGAGUGCCAGUCGGCGCUUGCAAGCUUCGGAAUCGCUGGGCGCAGCGCUGGAUUUCUCAAUUCCAAAUCGGGGGUUGAGCGCAGCCCAGGACUCAAACGCAACCCAGAACGCAAGCUCAGACCAGCUGACUACCUCCUCUUUGUUCCAAGGGUGCUCGGACUUCGCAAGCGCGGAGUUCUCCUUCGCAGGCGGGUGCGUUGAUUCGAACGAGGAAACGCAACUCGACAAGAAUGGCAACGACUGCUCCGUGUAUACGGCUGUCCCCUCUUUCUGCGGCAUGGCCGACGACGACGACUUCCAGGCGGCCGAUUUGUGCUGUGCUUGCGGUGGCGGCCGCGAGGACGUCCUGAGUUCUGCUUCUUGCUGGGACAAUUUUGAAAGCAUGUGUUGGCAUAUGCCGCGGAAUGCCCGGGCGUUCCUGUUCUACGUGAGGGCCUUUUUGAAUAUUUGACGAGCCUGUCAGGAUUCAACGACAGCGUCACCGAGGUCGUCGAGAAGGAUUACGCUGGGGUCAAUCCCGACGAGGGCAUGAUGGCCGACCUCAUCGAGCCCGUCGCGACCGGCGCCAUAGGGCGGGCUCUGGUCAGUGGCAUUUGGGAGUUGAUGCCUGGGCUCGCGCACCCGCGGGGGUUGUCCGGCUGCGACUUUCUCGCGUCGUACGAGGUCACGUCUUUGCUGAACCUCGACGCGUGCGCCGACGGGGACCACACGUCCCUGAGGUUCUUCUGCCCAAAAGCCUGCGGCUGCGACUCAUCGUUCGGCAUGGACGAGUGUCCCGUUGCUUGCGUCCUUACGGAGUGUUUGACGGCAGAUCCAUCGUGUGCUCACGUGCACCCUUGGUACAGCGACGAGUGCCUCGCUGGGUAUCACAACGAUGGCGGGCGUCCUACGUGUCUCAGCUGCGCCGGCGGCGAGACGAGGCGGCGGCGGGCGGCCGACUGCACGGACUGCCCCGACGGCUUUUACGACAUUGGGAAUUUGGACGAUUGCGUGUCGUGCGUGGGUGGAGCCGUCCGGCGGCGACGCUCCCAGUCCUGCACUGACUGUGCCCCGGGCUAUGUCGACGCCAGCGACAGCGACGAGUGCAGCCCUUGCGUGGGAUGCACCACGACCCGCAGGCGGUCUGUCUUCUGCGCAGAGUGCGCGACUGGGAGGUACAACGAGGGGGGCAUGGAGGACGAUUGCCAGCUGUGCCUCGGCGUUUGGACGACGAGGCGGCGCGCGUCCACUGCAAGCGAGUGUCCGGCUGGCCACUAUAACGACGGCACUUUCGACGAUUGCCUUCAGUGUGGCAGUGAGACAAGGCGCCGCCGUGCCGAGACUUGCACCACCUGCGAUGCUGGUUACACCAACCUUGACGGGGACGACACGUGUGAGCCUGUUGGGUGUCCAUAUAACUCUGCUGGAGACAGCGUUGUGGACGGAUACAAGUGCGAUGUUGGAUUUGUCGGUCUGAUCCAACCUCUUUCUGGGCAACCGUAUUUUUCGGGUGCAUGCUCGGAGCUACCCUUUUACAAAAUAACUUCUGGAUUUUGCCCGGUUCCAGUCGCGGACAUUGGUCUGUGUCCUUUCGCUGCGCAGGUACUUGGUAUGAGUGAUGCUACCUCCGCGACUGAGAGAAACACGUAUUACUCUUACGAGUGGUGGGCGUAUUUCUCUUACGAGUGGAAGCCACGUGGGUGUUACGUGGAUACCUUGAACGGCAACCUCCUGUCCAAUCAGUACGGAGAGCAGUUUUGUAGUCCGAGGUAUGAGUGCAUUUGCAUAGGGUACGAGGACGAGUUUGUUUGCACUGAUUCGGGAGACACAACGUGCCCAAAUGCCACCGACGCUAGUUUUUCUGCAUAUUAUGAUUGUUCGGAUGGCGAAAAGGAGAGUUGCUGUGAUUGCGGCGGUGGGGACCUCACGAAGCAGAAUGUAAGCUCGUGCGUGGACACAUAUGGAUUGCACCUCAGUGUUCCCGCCGAAUUUAGUUUUGUAAACGACCAGGGUUCCUCACUUCGAUGUCUAAAGUGGGACUGGAUGCCAUCAACCUGUCAUUGGGCGAUCUACUAUGACGAAGAAGAUUUCACUGCUGCUGACAUGUGCUGCGCUUGCGGUGGCGGGCAAUAUGCGAUCACUUUGACCGCUUCCGCUUCGAGCUCCACGACCACAACGUCGGCCACCGAGUCGAACGCUACGCAGCUUUAAGUAUUACAGCCCCGAGGCAGCGCCAAGAGUGGCUGGCGCGUGGAGGGCGGCUGGCAGCGGGCGACGACGCCAGGCUGCCGACACUGGAGGAAGAGGAGGCGGAGGCGGAGGCGGAUGAGGCUGGCCGAGGGGGCCAGUGACGCGACGGCGGGCGGCGCCGUGAAUGUACUAACUUGUAUUGCAGCGCCGUUAUAAUUCAUGAUAUGGCACCUCCCACCUUGUCCUUUCUCUCCUCCUCGUCCUCCCGCCUUUUCCCCCUCCUCCUCUGUUCCCUCCCGCGUGCCUGGUCCGAGGCAUGGCAGCACGCAGCGUGCCGCGCGCCGCGUGGGCAGGCCGCGGCUACUGGCGCGCGGCUUCUUCCUCCGUGCCCUGUGGCCGUUCUGCAGCCUCCAGGCUGUCACGAGCCGACGUUCCCCUCUCGUCGUUCCUCUUCGUGUCCCUUGUCUUUCUCGCUUUUCCUGGCCUCGUGGCCUGUUCGCUUGUCGUCCUCGUCGUCGUCGUCUCGUUUUCCUCCUCCACACGUUCUCGCCGACUUGCCUUGGCUGAGCCAGCCUCGGUGCGACGCUGUAGCAUCGAAGAAUCCUCGUCCCAUCUGUUGGGAGGCUGGCGAUUUUCACUGUUUCAAGUGUGUAUGGCCCUUCCAUGUAGGGCCUGCCCAGCCCAAUGCUCAUCCCCCUCCUCCUCCUCCUCCGCCCCGGCGAGCCGACAGUCUGUUAGACAAUUCUGUUUGACAGUUUCUCGUCGUGUGAACGUGCACGAGGCGAGCCGACAGUCUGUUAGGGUGGGUUUCGUUUGAUCUGGGGCCGAUUUUGCAGGCCGCGUGGGCGAGCUGCGCUCGCUGCAGUUCGCGCUGAUCUCCUCUGGCAGUUACAAUGCCUGUCGGAUGACAAUACAUCUGGGAAUCCGGGUACCUGGCUCAAUGCCAGGUUUUCCAUUUUUUACAGCUCAGCACGCCCAUGAUCUCGGCGCGGCAGCUCGAGCUUCCUUUCCUGCCAUCACUGGCGUCCGAGCCACGAAUUGCCUUCUGCCAGCUGUGCAAGCCAAACUGUGCGCAGCCCUGCCUUGCAUCUCCAGCGUCACGAAUAACAAGAAAGAAAAUCAGAGAUGCACGUUUCUCCGUCCCCCUUUUUAUCGUCCCAAAGGCCGA